AUGCAUGCCAAGCAAGCCGUUGAUUACCAUGGCCCGAGUCCGCCCCUCUCCCACAGGCUUUUCUCCCUCAAAACAAAGUCCGCAAACGAGAAACCAACGAUGGCGAGUUUCCAGCCCAUCGACAUGGCAAUAGCCAACCCAAAGCCCCGUUUCGCAAGAGAUCCGGAAACGAAUCGGAGCUCAAGGCACUGUCUACUUCAAAUGGCCAACUACGAUGGAAGUCAUAAUUACCCCUAUUGUUGGGGGCUCACCAUCUUUCGCACCGCUUACGGAUCCGAUGAGGCGUUUACAAAGGCCAUUGAGCGGCUCAACAUGUACGCCAAAGCCUGGGUUUACGGUGACCUCGCUCGCAUGCCAAGAGAAGAGCCUAAAGACCCCCUGCCUGUCCAGGAGCUUUGGAAUCGAUACUAUAGCGAGAUCGUAGAGGACCCGGCACUAUCUGGCGCAGAUGUGGAAGAGGUUGGGAGACGAUUCGAUGCCUGGGUCAAAAAGAAUUUCGACUCUACCGGCAAACGCGACGUUCCUAAUGCCCGUUUUAGAUUCUGCUUGAUGCUCGAUCAGCAGAGUAUCGAUACGAUUCUGGCUAUGCCCGAGGACCCGGAAUCCCUUCGCGACGAUCCACCCAAAGAUAAGCGUUGGAUCAAACUCGUCACCGGAGAGCAAUGGGCUGACCGAGGAUGGCCGAAUCGCGGUAGACUAUGGGGUCGUGCGGGAAUACCCGAAUUCUGGCCAAUGUGGUUCGCCAUAGAGGAUCCAGACUUUAUCUACGAGGAACAGGGAUGGGCUGAGGACCAGUGGUCCGAGACUAACGGGGCCCUGAACUUUUGGGGUAUUCCAGGCAUUGACUGGUAGUAUUCUUCUAGUGUAGUAAUCCUAAUGAUGCUACGUCACGCGUCACUUUAAUUUCAG